AUUACACAAAUCUGCUCGCGCUAUCUAUGGCCGAAAACGGCAGCAACCCGAAACCAGCAGUGGCUGCCGCCCUUCAGAAUUGCCGCGAAACCCAUCGGUUCGCUAAAACCCUAACUCCCUUUCCUUACCACGUUUCAUACUGCUUUCCGAUCCCUCUAACUUAUCCCUAUCUUUGUUGCUUUUAAUUUCACGUUGUCUUAGACGAGAAAUCGGCAGGGUUUUCUUCCAAUCCUGCUCCCAUUUCCAUGCUUAGCCGUAUUCAUCAAUGGAAGCCAUUACAUUCUCUGAGGAAAUGCGGGAUACUCGCUUCUUUUAGUUCUGUGAUCCUUGCUAGGCCUUCAGUUUCUGCCGCCCGCCUCGAAGCGGAAUCUGUCACUCCCUCCUUCGUUCUGGGCCAGAACGACCCAGUUUGUGAGAUUCUUACGGGUUUAAAUUCCUUUGGGUUUAGAGCGUAUGUUGGUGGAUGUAACUUUCGAACUGUAGUUUCUACUUUGAGUGAAACUGUAGUGGACGGCGUUCUUGAGAGUUUGAAUAUUCAGAAUCCUGAUGUUGCUGUGGCAUUUUUCUAUUUGUUGAGAAAUAAGUACGGAUUUCGGCAUUCCGGAUUCUCCCAGCUUGCCGUUUCUCAUAUUCUAGCGGGUAAAGGAAGAUUCAAGGAGUUGCAUUGCGUUAUAAAGCAAUUGGUUGAGGAGCAAGGGUCGGGUUCUGCAUCUUCCUUUUGUGACCUGCUCUUGAACAAAUUCAGGAAUUGGGAUUCAAAUGGUGUGGUAUGGGAUAUGCUGGCAUUUGCGUAUUCUAGACAUGAAAUGAUCCAUGAUGCCCUCUUUGUCGUCGCAAAAAUGAAGGAUCUAAAUUUACAAGCUUCAGUUCCAACUUAUAACUCUCUAUUGCAUAACUUAAGGCACACUGAUGUCAUGUGGGAUAUAUGCAAUGAGAUCAAAGCUAGUGGAGCUCCUCAGAGUGAAUAUACUACCUCAAUACUUAUACACGGCCUAUGUGCGCAGUCCAAGUUACAAGAUGCGAUUUCAUUCCUACAGGACAGCAAUGAAGUAGUUGGACCUUCUAUUGUGUCUAUCAAUACCGUUAUGUCAAAGUUUUGUAAAGUGGGGCUAGUAGAUGUUGCAAGGUCAUUUUUCUGUUUGAUGGUCAAGAAUGGACUUCUUCCUGAUUCGUACAGUUAUAAUAUUCUUAUUCAUGGGUUAUGUGUAGCAGGUUCCAUGGAUGAAGCUCUGGAAUUCACAGAUGACAUGGAAAAGCAUGGUGUGGAGCCUGAUGUAGUAACAUACAACACACUUGCUAAAGGUUUUCUCUUGCUUGGUUUUAUGAGUGGGGCCUGGAAAGUCGUCCAGAAAAUGUUGCUAAAAGGUCUAAAUCCGGAUAUCGUGACAUAUACAAUACUGAUAUGUGGGCACUGUCAAAUGGGAAAUAUUGAGGAAGCCCUUAAGCUGCGGCAAGAAACCCUUUCAAGGGGGUUUCAGUUGAACAUCAUUUCUUACAGUGUGCUACUUAGCUGUUUGUGUAAAGUUGGACGAAUAGAAGAAGCAUUGGCAUUGCUCAAUGAAAUGGAAACUCUACGUUUGAAACCUGAUCUUAUAGUAUAUUCAAUCCUCAUUCAUGGCCUCUGCAAGGAAGGGUUUGUACAAAGGGCUUACCAACUAUAUGAACAAAUGCGUUUGAAGAGAAAUUUUCCUAACUACUUUGCUCAACGUGCUGUACUUUUGGGUUUCUUUGAGAAUGGAAAUAUUUCUGAGGCAAGAAGAUAUUUUGAUGCUUUGACUCAUAUGGAUCUGAUAGAGGAUAUUAUUUUGUAUAAUAUUAUGAUUGAUGGUUACGUAAGGCUUGGUGAUAUUUCUGAGGCUAUGCAGCUAUAUUACAGAAUGUUUGAAAGGGGGAUUACUCCAACUGUUGUCACUUUCAACACUCUUGUCCAUGGGUUUUGCAGAAAUGGAGACCUAGUGGAGGCUCGAAAGAUGUUCGAAAUCAUUAGGUUGAAUGGAUUGCUACCCAGUGUAGUAACUUAUACUACCCUUAUGAAUGCGUACUGUGAAGCGGGAAACAUGCAGGAAAUGUUUGAUCUACUCCAUGAGAUGGAAGCAAAUGCUGUUGUUCCAACUCAUAUAACUUAUACUGUACUAAUCAAAGGACUCUGCAGACAGAAUAAAAUGCAUGAAGCCCUCCAGUUACUUGAGUAUAUGUAUGCAAAGGGUCUAAUGCCAGAUCAGAUUACAUAUAAUACUAUUAUCCAAUGUUUUUGCAAGGCCAGAGACAUUGCAAAAGCUUUCCAGGUUUAUAAUGAGAUGUUGCUCCAUAAUCUUGAUCCUACCCAUGUAACUUAUAAUGUACUUAUUAGUGGUCUUUGUGUAUAUGGUGACCUAAAGGAUGCUGAUCGAAUGCUGGUUUCUAUGGAGGAUCAAAAUAUUAGCUUGACAAAAGUUGCUUAUAUGACAAUUAUUAAGGCACAUUGUGCAAAGGGUCAGGUGUCUAAGGCAUUAGGGUUCUUCAAUCAAAUGUUGGCUAAGAGUUUUGUCAUUUCCAUCAGAGAUUAUAGUGCUAUCAUUAAUAGGCUGUGCAAAAGGGGUCUAAUUACUGAAGCAAAGUACUUAUUUGCUAUGAUGUUAUCUGAAGGUGUAACGCCUGAUUCUGAAAUCUGCGAGACAAUGCUUAAUGCUUUCCAUCAACAUGGUGAUAGCAGUUCAGCAUUUGAAUUUCUUGCUGUGAUGGUUAAAUCUGGCGUCAUUUCACAUUGAUCCAUCAGAAGAGAUCAGUCGAUCACAUCACGCCGUUCCAGAUAACCAUAUUUUGGCAUAAGAGGUUAGCAUCUGAGGUACAGGUGAGCAUUAUGAACUUAAUCAAAAUUCAAGGAUGAAUUUUUCCCCUAGAUUCUAAUUUUAUUAAGAACGCAUGGAUCCAGAAUAUCGGUGUUAGGAGAGGUUGUUCUCGUAGAGUACCAUUCUCUAGUUAUAUCAAAUUAACUCUGGUUUUCCCAACUUAUUCAACUUGAUGGUCACAUUUCUUUCAGCUCGAGUAUUUGCAACCAUAACCAUGUACUUUUAUGCAAGGGCAAGCUUAACAUGAAACGAUCACGCUGAAUGUCUUACACAUAUCAAAUCCUUUACCCUCUGUUUCGAUUACUGUGGGAUGUAGGGAUAAUUUUCCCUCCGUGGCAUGUAUCAAACUUUAUGCCUCAGAUAAGCAACGAAAGGAAAGUCAUGGCAAUGACCCUUGUGGACUCUCCCAGCUUGGAGGCUGCAGCAGACAGUCUUAUAGAGUGGUUAUGACGAGUUGUACUACGAAGUAUUAGCUGAGCCUGAUUCCUUGCAGCGAGUCGAAUAGAAAGUAAGGAAUUCUCUGAACCUAGAGGGGCAUCACUUUCCGAACUCCCGCCUGUAUUUGUUAAGUAUGGAGGAUGGUCGAUACUUGAUCCGAAGAGGCAACUAUUGAUACUUGAAGGGAUUUAAAGAUAAAUCAAACAUAUUUGAUCACUGAUAGGAUAACUCACAACAAAGAAGAACAAGUGGUAAGAUCUUUUUUCCUGUCAGUUAUUAUAUUGAUACCAGAUGCUGCCCUGAUCUUCAUGUAAAUAAGGAAGAAAUUAACGUUUACAAUUCGACAGCAUAAUAAAAGAAUUUGUUGAACUUUACCAUAAUAAAAAUUGGCCCUUAAUCGUUUGGGUAAUUCUCAAUUAA